CUGACGGUGUUCGAUCACUGGCACCGUGGUAUAUAUUUCAUGGCGGGCCGCUUGUGAAAGGAAAGCCAUCAACAUCGUCCCGGCCUCACUGAAAAGGCUGUCGCUGGCGAGGUAGACCAGCCCAUUUUGUCCACACAGAAGAAGACAGAAAGAAGAAUGGCCAAAGUCGGAGUGAGCAGUCUCUGCCUUGUCCUUAUCCUUCUCUGCUCUGCCGUGAGCGGAGGUGAAGUUCCAGAUGGAGUUCUCAAGAAAAAAUCACAAUUUGUCCAAGCCUCCUCCGUGAGUGAGACAGCCGAGGGCGCAGGUGAUGGUUCUCUCAGUAAACGACAUGUGGGUUCCAUCGGAAGUUCUUUUAUCAAACGACCUGUCGAUUCUAUUGGAAGCUCUUUUAUCAAACGACCAGUCGAUUCCAUCGGAAGCUCUUUCAUCAAACGGCCAGUCGAUUCCAUCGGAAGCUCUUUCAUCAAACGGCCAGUCGAUUCCAUUGGAAGUUCGUUCAUCAAACGACCAGUCGACUCCAUUGGAAGUUCCUUCAUCAAACGGCCAGUUGACUCCAUUGGAAGUUCCUUCAUCAAACGGCCAGUUGACUCCAUUGGAAGUUCUUUCAUCAAACGGCCAGUCGAUUCCAUUGGAAGCUCUUUCAUCAAACGGCCAGUCGAUUCCAUUGGAAGCUCUUUCAUCAAACGACCCGUCGAUUCUAUAGGAAGCUCUUUCAUCAAACGGCCAGUCGAUUCCAUUGGAAGUUCGUUCAUCAAACGGCCAGUCGAUUCUAUUGGAAGUUCGUUCAUCAAACGGCCAGUCGAUUCCAUUGGAAGUUCGUUCAUCAAACGGCCAGUCGAUUCUAUUGGAAGUUCUUUCAUCAAACGGCCAGUCGAUUCUAUCGGAAGUUCUUUUAUCAAACGGCCAGUUGAUUCCAUAGGAAGCUCCUUCAUCAAGCGACCUGUUGAUUCAAUCGGAAGCUCCUUUAUCAAGCGACCGGUUGACUCUAUCGGAAGCUCUUUCAUCAAACGUGGCGUUGAUUCAAUUGGAAGUUCUUUCAUUAAAAGACCUAUUGACACUAUUGGCAGUUCGUUUAUAAAGCGCGGGGUGGAUUCGAUUGGUAGUUCUUUCAUCAAACGGCCGGUGGACAGUAUUGGUAGCAGCUUCAUCAAAAAGAGAAGAUUCGGGGGCGAAAAUGAAUUUAUGAAGAGACCAAUCGAUACUAUUGGAAGCAGUUUCAUCAAAAAGAAUGUCGACUCUAUCGGUAGCAGCUUUAUCAAACGGCCCAUUGACACGAUUGGAAGCAGUUUUAUCAAGAAGAAUAUGGACCAGGCAGCGUUUAUUAAGAGGCCUAUUGACACUAUCGGAAGUAGUUUCAUCAAGAAAAGCAUUGAUUCAAUUGGCAGUAGCUUUAUAAAGCGACCCGUUGACAGUAUCGGAAGCAGUUUCAUCAAGAAAAACAUUGAUUCUAUUGGCAGUAGCUUCAUAAAGCGGCCGAUAGACACCAUUGGAAGCAGUUUCAUUAAGAAAAGUUAUGGACAAAACGAAAUGAUGAAGCGACCUGUGGACUCGAUCGGCAGCAGCUUCAUCAAACGACCGAUAGACACCAUCGGGAGCUCUUUCAUCAAGCGAGGGGCUUUCGUUUACGGGGGACGCCAUUUCAGGAAAAGGCCAAAACCCACUUGGCACAGGUUCAUGAAGAGGCCAAUCGACACCAUAGGAAGUAGUUUUAUCAAGAAGCGAGAUGUGUUGGAGGAGGAGGCGGCGAUGGACGGCACACAGGGCAAAUUAGGCGCGAGUGAUUCCGAAGGUCAGAGCAGACGAAAGCGUAGCACGAGCUUCCACGUGUUGGACUCACUUCCCCUGAGACGUGUGAUCAACAGCCUGUACACGUCAGAUCUUGAUGGGUCACGCGACGAGCCUGCCCAUGAGGGCCAGCUCACGUACGGCGACGUAGUGGAGCUCCUCCGAUUCUUGGACAGGAACGAGUCUGUCAUCAGUGAUGAGAAGUUCGGAGACAUUCUGGACAAGCCAUACCUGGGCUCCGGUCAGAUGGGGAGGUAAACAUCUAAGGCCAAGGACUAUGAAUGAGAGAAACAGUUUAAAGUCUACCGAAAUUUUGCCUUAUAAAGAGUAUAACGAAAUGACUAAUACAGAAAGGAGAACAAACAAAAACAGAGUUUUCAUGACGCAAAAUCUAACAAUCCAACCUUUUGACUUUCGUGAUUAACCUUUGUUACUCUGGAUCUUUACCGGAAAAUUCAACAUUUUAAAAUAUUUUUGUGAUAUACGAAUAAACUUUUGUUACACUGAACGCAACGUAUAUUCUCAGGAUCGUUUUCUCCCCUGAAAGAGUUAACAGUCCAGCCAGAAAUACUUUACAGCUGCACAGCAAACAGGCACUGUUUCAAUUGAUUCUGAGAAAUGAGUAAUCAUUUUGUGUUGAUCUAUUCACGACUUACAACAAGUCAUAGACCAACUUCUGUGUCACGUGCAUCCAUUAAAACAUUAGAUACGCUGUUUUGUGAUAUAGCAAUAAUUUUAUGUACUGAGCCAAUACGUCUAUGAAAUCCAACGAAAUCUUCACACUUUUUUCACUCUAUCCUUGUUUGCCGUUUCUCUAUUUUAUUUUUAUUUAACCGCACCAUCUUGGAACACACACAGAAAAGACUUUCAAAGGAACAUGUGUGUAACUUAUAAAUGAACUUCAGUAUUAACUGAUUUGAUAUUAGUUGUCGGAUUCUACACUGAUAUUUGAUGGAACUUAAGCAAUUGUGCAGUAAAUCUCUUCUUCUAAACAGAACCUCAUUUUUAGUAUUCAAAAAUAGUUUAAAUGUUCAACCAAAUUGAUAAACAUGAUAACAGUUCGUCCUUCUGCAAUGUUUAAGGAUGAACUUUGUAUCUGCAGAGCGAUGGAAGAAAUAAGGAUCAAGAUGAUAUGUGGCCUGUGCUAUGGUCAAUAACAGCAGUUCUAAAAAUUCAUGAAAGAAACAAUGCACAUUUGCCAUAGGUUGAAAAACACAUGUGUACUUAAGGGCACAAAAAGGAGCCAACGUUGUAUCUAGAGGUCUCUCGGAGUCCAAAAUCCUGCUUAAAGAGUGUUACAAUGUUUUCAGCUCUCGUGGAUCGAUUUUAACAGAGCAAUAGCAAUAGCAAUAUACACAAGAUUUGUGUGUGGGGAGUAAAAAAAGAGGAAGGGGGGGGGGUAUCUAAUUUAUGUUUAUCUUUUACAACUUUUCCAACUUUAAAGAUUAUUAUAUGUCAAUUUUAUCGAUUCACAAGACUGUUUUGAGAGGUGUGAUAUCAACAAUCUCCUGGAAAAUACAUAUUCUAAUAAAUGAAUUUCUACAGGUC